UCACGACUGCAGGAGGCGCGGCCAUGCGCGCGGGGGACGCACACUCCCCCGAAGGGGCAGUGACACAAAGGGGGGGGCCACCCACGCAGCCUGGGGCGCCGCCGCCGGGAAGAACCGGCGCACACAAAAAGGGGCCAGGAGAGGACACACGGGCUGGGGGACCUCACGCCUAGCAGGGGCGUCACGUCGCUCGGACCCGGGAGAAGAUGCGCGGGCGGCAGGGAGAUGCGCACACAAAGGGGCCACAUCCACCGUCGCCCGCACAGACCCCCGGAGGGGCCCAGGCUUGCAGAAGGGGGACCCCAGUCAAAGAGGACACACCCACUGGGGCAGACAAAGGCGGCCACACCCCCAGCGCACCGGCAGCCCGACCCACGCAGACACACCGCGGGCACCACAGCGAGCGACGCGGGGCGACGCGCACACACCCACACUCACCACACACCCACGGAGGGGGUGUGGAGGGCCCCGCUCCCCGGGCAUCUCGGCUGCAGCGCGACAAGGAGACACAUCCGGGAGCCCUGCCGCGCGCCAGGUGUGCACUCACCGGGGCCCGCCGCCCGCGAGCCUCGGACGCGGCCAGCCGCCGCCGCCUCGGGCCCUCCACGUCAGACAGACGGCGGCCGGGAGCUGGCGGCGGCGCGGGCGGCCGGCGCGUCACGUGGGCUGGCGCACAUGCGCGGUGGCGCCGCCCCGCCCACCUCCGCGGCGGCGAGCGGAGCGAUCCAGCGGGGACCCCGCGCUCGCGCGCUCCGGUCCGACGAGAGGCGCGGUGCGCCUGCGCCUGGGUGGGUGUGUCGAUUGUCUAAAGCCACCGGGAAAAUGGUGGAAAAUUCACCGUCGCCAUUGCCAGAAAGAGCGAUUUAUGGCUUUGUCCUUUUCUUAAGCUCCCAGUUUGGCUUCAUACUAUAUCUCGUGUGGGCAUUUGUUCCUGAAUCUUGGCUAAACUCCCUAGGCUUAACCUAUUGGCCUCAAAAAUACUGGGCGGUCGCAUUGCCUGUCUACCUCCUCAUUACUAUAGUAAUCGGUUAUAUACUCUUAUUUGGAAUAAACAUGAUGAGUACCUCUCCACUCGACUCCAUUCAUACAAUCACAGAUAACUAUGCGAAAAAUCAGCAGCAGAAGAAAUACCAAGAAGAGGCCAUCCCAGCGUUAAGAGAUAUUCCUAUUAGUGAAGUAAACCAAAUGUUCUUUCUUGCAGCCAAAGAACUUACACCCAAAAACUGAGUUGUGUGUAGACUAGCAGCACACAUUUAUUAUACGUUUUGAUGUAAUAAUUUUGACCAUAAUUAUUUUGACUACCUCUCUUAUUAAUCCCUGGUGUUGAAAUAUAAAAAGAUGUAAGUUGAACUUCUCUUAGGUUAAGUUUCAUUAGUAUUUAAGUAUUCUCAAAUAUAAGUUAUUAAGGAGAGAAUAAAUAAAAUACUGCAUUACCAUA